CUGAUAUCGCAAGUGUCACUUUUCAUCAAACAAAACAGUCAUCAGUUGCUUACAGCUGGGUCGCUAUUUUCCAGUUUUUAGUUAUCUUUUUUUCGCAAAUAUAUUCCAGAUAUUUGCAGCUAUAUAUUGUAAGUUCACGGAAAGUAAAGCCGAUAUUCAACCGCUAGCUUGUUGAAAGUGUGGUUUGACCUGGUUCUUCCCCGCGAGUCCCGGAAAGUCCCUUUCGAACGGGAUGUACGAAAGUGGUAAGGUCUCCCUCGUCGGGGUGUUUUUCCUGAUAGUGGUGCUUCUUGAAAAUACCUUCAGUCUUCCGGUGGUAACACAAGCCCCAAAAACAGAAAAGAAAGAGGAGGAACAGGUCAAGGACAGCAACGUGGAGCACAUUGAGAAUGCAAUUGAGUACAACAAGUAUUUGCAAGAAGUGGUAAAAGUACUGGAAAGCGACCCUGUUUUUAGAGAUAAAUUGGACAAAGCAGCAGAAAGCGAUAUUAGGUCUGGAAAAAUAGCGCAGGAAUUAGAAUACGUCAAUCACAAUGUGCGUUCGCAGCUUGACGAGCUGAAACGGAUUGAGCUUCAGCGAUUGCGCGAACUGGCCACAAGACAGUUUGAACUGUCGAACAACAUUGACCGGGAACAUCUCAAAAUAGCUGAACAUCUUGACCACGAGAACCAGCACACUUUCGAAAUCGACGAUCUGAAAAAGUUGAUUUUGAAAACGUCCCAGGACCUGUCGGAGAACGAUCGCCGAAGGCGUGAAGAAUUCAAGGAAUACGAACUGCAGAAGGAAUUUGAAAAACAGGAAAAACUUCGACUGCUGGAUGAAGAGCAUCGCAAACAGUAUGAAGAGGACCUAAAGAAGCAAAAAGAAACACACGAAAAACAUGAAAAGAUCCAUCAUCCGGGCAACAAGGCCCAGCUUGAAGAGGUUUGGGAAAAGCAAGACCACAUGGAUGGCCAAGAUUUUGACCCGAAGACGUUCUUUAUGCUUCAUGACAUCGAUGGAAACGGCUAUUGGGACGAAAACGAGGUGAAGGUGCUUUUCAUCAACGAACUAAAUAAAAUGUAUGAAGCUGGGCACCCCGAAGAUGACAUGAAAGAGCGAGCCGAAGAAAUGGAACGAAUGCGAGAACAUGUGUUCCAGGAAGCGGACACAAACAAGGAUGGUCUGAUCAGCUAUGAAGAGUUCAUCGAACAGACCAAACGGGAUGAGUUCCAAAAGGACCCUGAAUGGGAUACUGUUGACCAUCAGCCUCAGUUCACACACGAAGAGUAUUUGGAGUAUGAACGCAGAAAUCAGGAGCAUAUUCAACGACUGAUUGCCGAAGGAAAGCUUCCGCCACAUCCCAACAUGCCACAGGGAUACUAUCCUGGACCUAAUAAUGGUCCCUACCAAGUACAUCCCAAUGCUAUUCCGCAAAACCAACAAUACCAUCCGCAACAGGGACACCCCAACCAGGUGCCUCAAUACCAGGCUCAUCCACAGCAAGGUUACCCACAGCAGGUGAAUUUGCAUCCAAAUCAGGUGUAUCAACACCACCAGGAUCCAAACUACCAACCGCAAACCGGACAGCAAUCUAACGUCUAUCAGCAUCCGCCCCAGUAUCAACAGCAACCACCUCAACAACCGCCACAGUAUCAACAGCAACAACCCCAACAACCCCCAGCUCACCCUCAACAGCAGUACCAACAGCAUCCCGCCCAACCGCAGCCACAAUAUCAGCAGCAGCAGCAGCAGCAUGCUCAGAAUCCUGCUGCUCAACAAAACCCUCAACCUAACAGACAACCCGUAGCAAACCAAGCACAGCCAGCAGUCCCACAGCAAAAUCAACCACCUCCACCGCCACCUGCUCCACAACAACAGCAACAGCAAAAACCAAUAAGCAACAAUCCGGCACCUGCUCCCCCUAAACCGCAACAACCAGCACAGCAAAAUGCGCCCAAUAGCCAGCCACCAGCUGGACCAAUACAGCAACAACAGCAGCCAGCUCCGGUGCAAUCACAGCAAAACUAAAAUAUAUUUUCAUACUUUACAAUUUCUACUCAAAGAGAACAAAAUCUUUACCAUGUGCUAGUUAGAUACCUAUCUAAUAAACUUUGAUCUUGUGUUUUGGACUAAGAAGCUGGUUUUCAAUAGAUAGCUCGAGACAGCCAAAAGUAACUGGCAACUAUUCCAGGAUAAACGUUAUACUGCAUUUUCACGCUUUUCUCUGACAUGUUAUGAGGUUACCGGUUCUAUUGUUUAUCUCUCUAACAAUAGAUGAAAAAUCAGCAAGAUAAAACAAAAAGUAAAGCAAAUCAGUUCGAAGUCUAUUUUUUUGUUGUCAACUGAGAUGAAUAUUAGAACUAACUCUGAAUGAAAUACGUGUUUCCUCAUAAUGAAUAAUCAAUGGACAAUGUUUAGUGAUUUGGAAGACUGUUUGGUGCAUACCUAUCUAAUCGAAUCGUUCAAAAACCUCUAUUGUGUAACUCAACUAUUCGAGUAAUAAAUCUGUUUGAACCUUGUA